GAAACAGUCAGAAACUCAACAUGACUUCUGCGUCUAUUUUAGCGGUAAUAACGGCAGGAAUUGACAGUGUCAAUUGGCCAAUGUUGAGCCGCAAAGAGAGUGAGGACUAACUGUUUAUUCAUAGACACAUGUCAUUAUGUCACAGCGGUAUUUUUUUAAUUUUUUUGCUCUCAUGCCAAGUCGCGACAAAGCAACUAUCACACAGUCGUUCUCCUUUUUCCUUGGGUCCUUCAUUUUCAUCUCUUUUUAUUCGUAAUCUCGUCUAAGUUUGGGAUAGGUACUCUUGACUAGAAAGCCAAGCAAGGCAGUGCAAAAAGGAAGGUUUCCCAACCGCCGCACGUAUCACAUCCUUCUACUGGUCUCUACAGUGACUACUUGAGGUUUCUCUUGCUACAUACGUAUCAUACCCACCUCAUCUCGCCGAUCUGUCGUUGUUCGCAAAAGUGGGCUCUCUUGGUACUGGUCUGGUGUUUCUCAAGCAGGGAUCAAAGGCAGGACUGCGCAAGUCGUCGCAGAUCGCACUAGGUUAGAUCUUGUUCUACCUCAUCAAGAGCACAACUCACUUUUGUUUCUUCUUUUUCUUCGGCCUGCUUUGCCUACAAGAACUCCCUUGAUCUUAUACCACUUUAAAUCGACGCGGGCCCGGCUGCAAUAGGUGGACCUUGAGCUCCAGUUGUAAAGCUUGUUGCGACUAGCGAGCUCCCUCCUAUCGCCCUUUCAACUUAUCCUGCGCCCUACCAGAGAUAUUCUCUCCUGUCACAAAUUCUUUCAGGAUCAGAUUCCCGUCAUGACGCUCUGGAGCUCAGUACUCGCGGCUCUGGCUUUGACUUCCAGUCAUGUAGCAGCCCAGACAGUCGAUUUAUCAGCGUCUUCAGACCUCACUUUCAUUGGAGGCACACGAACACAGAAAAUUACACGACAAACCGGUCCUCCCACAGGCGCAUAUUCUUCCUACGCCUCUAAGAUCACACUGCAGGGCUCCAGCGACACCGAAUCGGACGAACUCACGAGCACCCUCACAGGCCUUUUCCCCACAGAUGCCACAGAUAGCACUACCAUUACCAGCAACCUGACAGAGACUGGCACAGGAACCGCCACAGCGAAUGGUACCUCGACUGCCACCACGAAAGCAAAGCCUACAAACACACAGCCCUGUAACAAUUAUGUCGAGCUUUGCAAGCGCAAGUACGGCAAUAUCACGAUGGUUGGCUGCCACAACUCACCCUUCGUAAGACCGGGUAACUCUGGUUCUAACCAGGAGCUUGAGGUUGAGACACAACUUAAUGAUGGCAUUCGCUUCCUUCAGGCCCAGAUCCAGUUCCCUAGCAACUCAUCAGUGCCACACUUUUGCCAUUCGACCUGUGAUCUUCUUGACGCGGGUCCCAUCACCGACUGGCUAACCAGAGUACGAAAGUGGGUUGACGACCACCCAUACGAUGUUGUCACGAUUCUUCUUGGAAAUGGAAACUACUCCCACCCCGAUCUUUACGUACCGUACAUCAGAGAGACCGGCAUUUUGAAGUAUGUCUACCAAGCGCCUUACCUCCCGAUGGCCCUUGAAGACUGGCCCACUCUGGAAGACCUGAUCAUUCGUGGCAAGCGAGUCAUCAUGUUCAUCGACUACGUGUCGGACCAGAAGAAGUACCCCUGGCUUCUCGAUGAGUUCACUCAGAUGUGGGAGACUCCUUUUGAUCCCCUGGAUCGCGACUUUCCCUGCACUGUCCAGCGACCUCCCGACCUGAGCGAGAAAUCAGCGAAGAACCGCCUGUACCUCAUGAACCACAACCUCAACGCCGAGUUCAACGUCUUUGGUGCCGAAAUUCUAGUCCCCGCUGUGGCACUACUCAACGAGACUAAUAACGUCACGGGUUAUGGCAGCCUGGGUGUUGCGGCCAACAACUGCCGCUCUGACUGGGGUCGGGCUCCCAAUAUUCUCAACGUGGACUAUUACAAUUACGGUGGUUUCCCUGGCUCUGUCUUUGAGGUUGCUGCGCAGAUGAAUAACGUGACAUAUGACCGUGACAGUUGUUGCGGUACCACGAGCCUAGCUCCACAUACAUAUCAAGCUGCGUCUAUGACAGCUUUGCUAGCUGUAUUAAUGUCAGCGUACCUCAUGUUCUAAAUGUGAGCAUGGGAUACAUGACCGCAUUUCUUACUGGUUCUGUUCGCAUAGCAAUAGAAGCGUAUUGAUUUUUGUUUUGCAUAGACUGGAAGUUUUGGGAUCAAAGACAUAUGGGCAGGUUCAGUACUCACCACAAACUUAUAAUUGAGGACGGGGCUCUUGGGAACGUAUCAAAUUCUCGUUUUCUAAAUAUAAAUUCUUAUUUUAGAUCAAGUUGAUUUACCGUGUAGCUCGCCCUGUUCAACUUUGGAAUCGGUCUAAGCCAGCAUGAGUAUCUACGUCAACUUCGAUAGGCAUUCUCUUUUUUCCAG